AUGGAGACUUCCUAGAACUCGAAGGGGCCUACAGGGUUAGCUCUCAGGAGACAGAGGCAAACUACAUGCUUCUCUGGGAUCCCAGGAGCAAGGCUAACGUUGAUUCCUGAGGGAAUACAGAUGAAGCAAAUACUUGCUCACGUGGAGGAGGGCCGCCUUGCCUAUUCCCGGUUUCUAAUUUUGGUCGUCAGCCGCAGGACCUUGACAUUUAAGCUUCGGCUGUGGCUCCAAGGGCAGAGCGUGCCUUGUGGGUGGGCAAUCCCUGCAGAUUUUCCUCCCACCGGAAGGGGCCAGGACUUAGGGUGGUGCUGACCUAGCUCUAGCAGGCAGGAUACUGAAGGGAAAAGGCUGAAGGGCGUUUCCGUGCGAAGGGGAUUUUGCACAUUCACUGCUUGGUAGGCGGUGUGUGGCGCUGAAGGCUGCUAACGCUUAAGUAUUUGCGGAGGGCCGGCGCGAGAAGGACCGCGGAGGCCGCCGGAAGCGGUCCGUUCCAAUAACUCGCUCCCCAGCGCUACUCCUUCCGGGGCGGAGGUAACCAUGGCGGCGGCUUUGGCUCGGCUCGGACUACGGCCAGUCAAGCUGGUUCGAGUUCAGUUCUGCCCGUUUGAGAAGAACGUGGAGUCAACGAGGACCUUUCUCCAGGUGGUGAGCAGCGAGAAAGUCCGCGCCACCAACCUCAACUGCUCGGUGAUCGCCGACGUGAGGCACGACGGCUCUGAGCCCUGCGUGGACGUGUUAUUCGGAGAUGGGUAUCGGCUGAUUAUGCGCGGCGCCCACCUCACCACCCAGGAAAUGUUAAGUGCCCUGGCCUCUCACAUCCGGGCCAAGAAUGCCGAGGCAGCAUCUGCACCCAGCGCAGACAAGGUCGCCCCGGGUACGGGGACCCGCCGCUGACAUUGCCGCAGAGUCCAACAACCGAAUGUUAGCUUGGAACUAAAGACUGUGGUCUAAGAAGAACUGGGCUUAAAUGCCCAAAUGCUGCAUGGAGGUCGCGGUACAGAACAGGAACCCUAACUACAGUGCUUCUGGGCAAGAUAAGUAAGACUGGGGGUGAAGGGUCCGGACAAAUUGGAAUUCUUCUUUCACACUGUUUAACCAUAUUUGAAUCUGUCACUCGAGUACAUCUUAACUAAAUAUUUAUUGCCAAAUAAAUGCUAUUUUUUCCUCA